CUCGUUCUUCCGCUCUGUGUGUACCUCACUGUGCCAGUGCAGACUGUUCCAGGCUGAGAGAGAGCAAGUGAGCCAGGGAAUUGGUGUGGCACAGAAGUGCUGUCCUCCAUUCAUUCUUCCUUCUUGAGCAUUUCCCUGGACUUCUCUUUCUCUUACUGCUGAUCUGUCUUUCCACUCUGCUGUUCUUUGAGCAGGGCAGUCUGGGAUGGGUUGUGGUAAUUCCUCUGCCACUAGCACUACAGCAGGAGGUCCUGGAGAGGCUGCGAAAGAUGUGACAGAAGAUCCGACACAAGAUGAUGAGAAAAGAAGGAAUUAUGGAGGGGUGUAUGUGGGGCUACCUACAGAUAUGAACACUGUAGCAACCAGUCAGUCCAAGUCCACACGGAAAGACUAGCCUAUUAGAGCAACAGAGCAACUAGAAACCAACGUACAGUUGAAUAUCUAUAGAAGGAAUUUCCUUGGACCAAAAAUGACCUCUGUGUGACGUAUAUGGUCCUAUAUAAAGUGGAGCUACAGUAUGUGACUCUUCUCUGGGGUUCCACCUGUAUGGGAACUGUCUCUGAGCGCAUCUACAGUAUGAACUGGGUUUAAAAAAGGCUGUUCUUGGAAAACAAAUGAAAAGAGCUCCUGAUGUUAAACGGCUCUGAAGCCAAAGCGCCAUUUGUAAAUAAGGAACACAUUAACCACAACGCCAAAAAGGCAUGUCAAACACUCAGACCUCAGACCUCAGACCCGAAUCUGCAAUAAAGGACUAACCUGCAUCUUAGCCUGCAUGUACUGUAGGCUCCAGUGUGAGACACCACCACCAUAAUAAAACCAGUGAAACACACAUCAUUUCAAGUUUUAUCCAUGCGCUCAAGUCCAGCAUGGUGUAGCAGUGUCCAACAAACUAACUGUGUUCAUCACAUCCAUCAGUAAACUAACCCUAAAUUAACACAUUACGCACCUCCUGCGCUAUGUUACUCGAUACAGUGCAAAAUAGCUCAGCAAUGAACUAGGAAAUACUGGGAAAAACUAAUUCUUAGUGGCCUUUAUAUUUAGUUAUAUUUAGAUAAUUUUAUGUCAGUACUGUACAUUACAUGUAAGUUCAUUGCCUUUAUUUAAGAUUAUGUAUAUUGUAAAAAGGUUACUUAAUUUUUGCUUGCACAAGUCUCUUUAUGUACACUAUACUGUAUACACACUAUAAAGAAGCCUUUUUAUCAGAAGUUAAAGUGCAUUUGGGUUUUUGAUGACACAAAAGUGAAAAGAACAGAAGCUUCCAUGUGCAUGUUUCUUAAUAACUGAAAUGAUUUGGAAGAUAGUUAUAUGGAAUAGUGCAAAUCAUAUUAACAUCACUUCUCUAGCGACUCAGCAGGACAGGGAAAUGAGAAAGUGGCCAGUUUUAGCAAUAACACACUUUAAUGUUUAGAGAAAAUAAGCUGGAUGUAGUAAAUCUUUUGUUAUUUCCACAUUUAGGAGAAUUUAUGUCUUCUUGAAAGUCAGCAAUUUGUGUGUAUGUUAAAGCUAAAAUAUAACAUAUAACAAACUGAGCAAAAGCUGUAAACUUUUUUAACCACAAUUUUGAACAAAUAACCUGCAUGUAGCAAAAAAGAACCAAAUGUCAUUGUUAUGAAACAUAUUUCUAGACAAACUUGACUAUUUUUAAAGCUUACUAUAUGUAUGUUUCAUAUUCUAAGAUUACCACAUGCCAGAUUUAAGAUUAGUAAACUUAUUUCUAAACCUUUUAUGCAAUAAGCAGGUCUUGUUGUUUCUUUAUAGACAUAAAUGCUAAAAUGAUCUAAAUAAUCUGUUAAAAGAACUAUUCGACUAUUCCAAGCUUGAAAUGAGAAACAUGUUUAUGAAACUUUUAUUAACAUUUUUUCUAGUUUUAGCCUCAGGGAAAAUAUAGUACUCUUAAGGUCAAUGGAACAAAGCAUGUAAUAACAAACCCUAUAAAAACUCUACUGCUGUUUGAUGGGUCCUGAUAUUCAGAUCAUCAUUCUGAAGCAGCUAUCAUGGGACAUAUGCGGAAACAAGGGAUACAGUGCCUUGCAAAAGUAUUCAUUCCCACUGAACUUUUCCUCAUUUUGACACGUUACAACCACAAAGAAAAAUGUAUUUUAUUGGGAUUUUAUGAAAUAGACCGAAAGAAAG